GGCGGGUGGAUGAGUUGUGUGGAUGUUAAUUUUUCUUGGAUCUUCCUCUCCGGGCUGUGUUCUGCAGACAGCAACAGUGCGCGGAAAAGUAAAUGUGCACAUUAACCACAUGGCUUCGACGACUGCAACACGGUGGAUGCUUGGUGAAGCGUGGUGCUGAAGAUGGUGAAAAAGCACUUAAUGGGGCCACUGUCACGGGGCCGGGUCAUAUGGACGGGUGUAACGUGCACAGGAGUUCUUUAUCUAAUGCUGCUAUCAACGUGUCUCUGCCAAGAACCAGAAGACUGGCAAUACGAGGAAUGUAAGCUGUCUCGGUUGGGUCCUCCCGCUACCAUUGUUGCCAUAGAUGAAGAGAGCCCCAACGGAACGUUGCUGGUGGAAAACAUGCACAUAAAUGGCGUGGCAGAGGGUCCAGACCGUACCAUUUCUCUGUCGCUACGGGACAACCACAAUUACUGGGUGAUCCUUGACCCUUCCAAACAAGCCCUUUACCUCAACAGCACUGGACGUGUUCUGGAUCGAGAUCCUCCAUCUUAUAUUCAGUCCAUUGUGGUUCAGGUUCAAUGUACCAAUGAGCUCGUCGGCACUGUGAUUUUGCACGAGGUGCGCAUCGUUGUUCGAGAUCGUAACGACAACGCACCACGCUUCCAACAACCACGAUACUAUGUCGCUGUCAGCGAGCUAACUCCUGUAGGAACCACCAUCUUCUCCGGGUUCUCUGGGAAUAACGGCGCAACAGACAUUGAUGACGGCCCCAAUGGACAAAUAGAGUACACCAUCCAGUACAAUCCUAAAGAUCCGACCGCCAACAGAACAUUUGACAUCCCGCUCACACUGUUUGGUUCCGUAGUUCUCAGAGAAAGGCUCAACUAUGAAGAGAUAACGCGCUACCUGGUCAUCAUACAGGCUAAUGACCGAGCCCCGUAUCCCAGUGACCGUCGUACCACUACUACGACUCUGACCAUUGAUGUGCUGGAUGGUGAUGACUUGGGUCCCAUGUUUCUACCAUGUACCCUGAUAGGAAACACUCAAGACUGUAGCCCAAUUACAUACAGGGCUAAUAUACUGGAGCUCACAGAGCCAAUGAAGGUGAAUCCCAUCAAUGUGACUCCGUCCAUCCAAGCUGUGGACCAAGACAGAAACAUACAACCUCCCUCUGAUAGGCCAGGGAUUCUAUACUCCAUCCUUAUUGGCAAACCAGAGUCUUAUUCAGAAUAUUUCAGUCUGAACAAAAGCACAGCGGAGCUCCUGCUACUAAAGCCUGUCGAUCGGGAACUCCACCGACAAUUUGAUCUGGUUAUUAAGGCAGAGCAGGACAACGGUCACCCCCUGCCUGCUUUUGCCAAUCUCCAAAUCGAAGUUCUGGAUGAAAACAACCAGGCACCUUUCUUCCUGGAGGCAAGUUACCAUGGCUAUGUCAAUGAGGCAUCACCAGUGGGAACCACCAUAGCAAUCAAUGCAAGCCUGUCGGCACCAUUGGCUAUAGUAGCGCUGGAUAACGAUGUGGAGGAGACAAAGGAUCCUCAGCUCCUGUUUUCAUUGGACAGCUAUUCCAACGUUUUCUCCGUGUCGCCUACUGGAAUUAGAAGAUACCUCACUUUGGCGAAGUCCCUUGACAGAGAGACUCAAGACUCCUACACUUUCAUGCUGCUAGCGUCAGAUGGCGUCCAGCAGAGCGAUCCAGUCACCAUGACGAUAACAGUGUUGGAUGCAAAUGACAAUACUCCAACAUUUGCCAAUGUUUCUUACAAUGUCAACUUGUACACUGAUAUGGCAUCUGGGGAAACUGUGUUACAGCUGUCUGCAGUAGAUCAUGAUGCCGGACCCAAUGGUCAAGUCACGUACCAGAUCUUAGCUGGAGAUCGGGGACAUUUUCUUAUUGACAACAGCACUGGGGUCAUUACUGUGGCAGCGGGAGUUGAGCUCGCUAUGGGGUGGAGCUACGCCUUAACCGUGAAAGCCACGGACAACGGACCGGAACCACACCAAAGGUCAUCCAUUACUACGGUCUAUAUUGAAGUAUUGCCUCCAAACAACCAGAGCCCUCCCCGAUUCACCCGGCAACAGUACAGCCUGGAAAUCAGCGAGGCUAUGAGGACCGGAGCUUCACUGUUUAAUCUGCAGACUGUGGAUCGGGAGACAGACCCCAUCACUUAUGCCAUCUACAGUGGAGACCCUCAUAAACAUUUUACCUUUGACCAAAGGACAGGGUACCUAGUCUUAGACCAGGCUCUGGACAGGGAGUCUUUGGACUAUUACACGCUGCUGGUUACAGCCUCAGAUGGACACGUCAAUGGGACAUCCACUGCGACCGUGAACGUUAUGGUGACAGAUGUUAAUGACAACGACCCAGUGUUCAAUUCCUCACUGCCAGUGAACCUCACGGUCACAGAGGAGAAGGAUCACGCUUACGUCGGACAGGUGAAGGCUACAGACCCAGAUCUUGGGGCAAAUGGGCAGGUUCAUUCGACUGGUCACCACGAAAAGCUGUUUUCCAUCAACGCCACUGGAGCUAUCAGAACCUCAGCGCCGCUGAACAGAGAGGCGAAAGGUCACUACUACCUGAUCGUUGAAGCCUGGGAUGGUGCAGUGGACCCUCGACGCGCCAGAUUAACACUGUCUGUUACUGUUCUGGACAUAGACGACAACAGUCCAGUAUUCAGCCAACAGGUUUACGCAGUCAGCUUGCCAGAAAACAGCCCCAAAGACACCAUCAUAUUACAGUUAAAGGCGAUAGAUGCCGACCUUGGCUCAAACCUAACAUAUCGAAUAAGGGCUGAAGGGUCGGACCGGGACAUUCUCCAGCUAUUCCACAUCAACCCCGUAACAGGGGAGCUGUCCGUUCUUCAGGUUCUGGAUUAUGAGACAUUGCCUGAUGCAGAACCCACCUAUACUUUUAUCAUAGAGGCCUUGGACACCGAUGGAAACAUGCCUCCAGGGCUCACCACUGUUACUGUCACUGUAACGGACAUGAAUGACUUCUCUCCAGUGUUCAGCCAGUCGGUGUACCGAGGAUUGGUUGCCCCCAACGCUGUCAAGGGAACUGUUGUUACCACGGUAAUGGCCAAUGACUCUGACCCUGCGGGCACUCCAGCAGGUCUAGUGCGCUACAAAGUGGAUCAGGAGGCCUAUCCGUACUCUGCCAGAAUAUUUGAUGUGGAGGAGCAGUCGGGGAAUGUGGUCACCAGAGUAAAUCUCAAUGAGGAGCCCAACCUCAAGUUCAGUUUGGUGGUGGUGGCCUAUGACGAUGGUGAGCCUACAAAGCAGAACACGACUCUCGUCGAGAUCACAGUCCUGCAGCCGUCUGUCAUUCCUGUGUUUACUCAGGAGGAAUACAGGUUUCCAUCUGUGAGUGAGGAGGCCCCUGUUGGAAGCUCGGUGGGAGUCAUCAUGGCAGCUGCUGUCAAUCAAACAAUCAUCUACUCCAUCAUUGAUGGAAACGAUGGAGGAGUGUUUGCAUUAAAUGAAACAACAGGUGUGAUUUCAACUGCCAAACUCCUGGACUAUGAAACCAACGCCAGCUACGUUCUAAAGGUGGAGGCAGACUCCAUGAGAGUGGUGUCAUCCCACCUCAGAGCUCCAUCUAAAACUAACACAGCCUGGGUGGUGAUCGACGUCCGGGACGAGAACGACCACCCGCCAGUCUUCAUCAAACCUCUCUACAUCGGAGGGGUUGCAGAAGAUGCCAAAACCUUCACAUCUGUCCUGCAGGUCCAGGCUCUGGACAAAGACACGGGGAACUACAGCUCUAUGAGGUACAGGCUGAACAUCCCUCCCCCUGCUGGUAAAGACACUAAAGUCAACAAAGACGGUUUUGUCAUCGAACCGUACAGCGGCGUGGUGAAGACAGCCAUCAUGUAUCGCAACAUGAGGAGGUCAUAUUUUAAGUUUGAGGUUGUUGCCACAGACAACUAUGGUCAAGGACACAGCAGCAAGGCAGACAUCGUGGUGUCAGUUGUGAACCAGCUGGAUAUGCAGGUGGUCGUAUUGAAUGUUCCUCCAACUAUAGUGGAGAUAAACAAAGAUGAGCUGCUCAGCAUUGUGGAAAGCUUUGUCCAGGAGCAGGUUCCAGGAGCUAAAUUAAUUGUGGAAACUAUUGGGCCACAUCGGCAAGGCAACGGAACGGAAAAAGAAGAUUACAGCAAGUCAGACCUCAUGGUUUAUGCCAUUGACCCACUGACAAACAGAGCCGUGUCCAGACAGGAACUCUACAAGUUCCUUGAUGGGAGACUUCUGGACAUCAACAAGGCAUUUCAUCCCUACCUUCCCAAUGGUGGGCGCAUUCUGGAAAUUCGAACUCCUGAAGUAGUGUCCUGUGCAAAGAAAGCUGUCCAAACAGUGGGCUACACAGAGGGAGCACUGCUGGCUCUGGCUGUUAUUAUUAUCAUCUGCUGUGUUCCUGCCAUAAUGAUUGUCAUUAUCACUUACAGGCAAUUCAGAGAGUGUCAGGAAGAGUGUGCCAAAACAGCACGCAUCCAGAUGGCACUGCCAGCAGCCAAACCCGGAGGAGGCACAGCCAACAACCUGUAUGAAGAGCUGGGUGACAAUGCCAUCCGUGGAUUUGGACAGCACGAGACGCAACAACUUCUCAGACCUUCUCUGCUCAGGCCAGAGGAGUUAUCGAUGGAGUCAGGCAUCGACCCCGGCCAAGACUACUACACGCAAGACUAUUACAACUAUGAUCACGGGUAUGAACUUCCUCAGUACGGCAGUCGCAGGAAGCUGAUCUCGCCCACCGGGCUCUACGACGAAUACGGGGAAGUUCUUGUCGAUGAUGACGGCAGCUACUACUACAGCCCACAGGAGUCUGACGGAGAGCAUGGCAGCAGAAAACGUCGGAUCAAGUUGGUGUUCGACCGGGAGUAUGACACCAGCACCACUGGUGAGGACAACGUGGUAGAAACCCAACGCAGCCACGUAUCUUCCACCACAAACAGCCAUGCUAAUGUUAACGGCGGCAUCUAUGUGGCCCAGAAUGGCUCCAUCAUUCGUACCCGACGUUCAGUUGCCGCCACGGGACCCUCACAGGCGGCCAACACCACCAAUAACUCAAAACUGAGUUCCCCGGUCUUCAGCUCACGGCUGGUUAAGCACUUUAAGAAAUUGGACAAAAUGGCUGCUACAUUGGAGGAGAGAACACCGCUCAACAUCCCCAAAACGCCGGCAGACGAUGGACGCCACACCCUGCACAGCUUCCACACCACCGGGAGAGAUGCUUCUACAAUGGCGCUGACUUCUUUCUCGAACAGUGACAGUAAAACGUUGCGUACAUUUAGCGCACGAAAUUCCAACAUUUCUUUAGUGUCGGCGAGCACCAACAACACCUGUCCUGAAAGUGUAGCAACCAAACCAAACCUGGUGAGGGCGACAGUGGGCGGGACAACGCCACGUCAAAGCACGAAGGAGAGCAUUGAGGAGAACGAAGAGGAGAGAGAGUCCACGGUAGAUGGCCCUAACAGGGAGGAGGACAGACUUGAUACGAGGGAGUCCGCGGAGUGUCUGAGUGACAGGACGCAGACGGACGAGGAGGAACUCUGGAUGGGUCCGUGGAACAGCCUUCACAUUCCCAUGACCAAACUCUGACCGACUCCACGAACCCUUUUGCACAGAUCAGUUACACGCCAUUUUGUACAUGUCAUUGGGCUUCUCUAAUCCAAUUAAAAGAUGUCUAAUUUAACAGACACUGCAACCACAUGGCAAGAUGGACUGAGGACGAAGAUUUAUUUAAAAAAAAGUUAAUUGUUAUAUUGCAGGUGACUCAUUUGGUUAAUGGCUCAACAUGUCAUUCACAGAAUUCCCAAAUGUGACUGACCUCAAACAUGUGACACUUUAGACAACCCAGAAUGUAAAAGAACAAACAUGUAAUAUUUCUACUUUGAUAUAAUGAAAAGGAACUUGAGAACGAUGUUUUUAAGAUCCCUUAAAAAAAAUCUGUUGUCUUUGUACGAAGUUGUUCUCGUUUCAUUCAACAAGUUCAAUUUGCCUGACUCAAUGAUGCAUCAAGUCUUGUAUUUCCCAAACUGGCCUUUUUAGCCUGGUCAACUUGCUUAGCCAUCUUGAUCCAAAUAAAGGACCAUCUCACACACCGA